GAUUGCAAGCAGCAACAACAUGAACAAGUCAGAGAGUGACCAGGAGGACAAUGAUGACAUUAAUGACAAUGACUGGUCCUACGGCUCCGAGAAGAAAGCAAAGAAGAGGAAAUCGGACAAGUACAGCAACUCGGCAGGGAUCAACUAUGAGACGCUGGGCCCCGAGGAGCUGCGGACGCUGCUGACCACGCAAUGCGGGGUCAUCUCGGAGCACACCAAGAAGAUGUGCACCAGGUCCCUGAGGUGUCCCCAGCACACGGAUGAGCAGCGCAGAUCGGUCCGGGUUUACCUGCUGGGUCCCUCUGCGUCCCUGCCCGAGGCUGAGGGCAGCGUGGAGAACGACAGCUUCGAGGUGGCCGAGAGCCAGGCCCUGAUGAGCCGGCUGCAGUGGGACGGCUCCUCCGACAUCUCCCCCUCCGACUCCGCCUCUUCCAAAGCCA